UUUGGCCAGGGGCCGUUGCUGCCACCGUUUAUGGACAGUGCGACUGCGGCCAAUGCUGCUGUCACUGCCGCUACCGAAGAUGCACAAGCCGCUCUUGGAGUUGGUUACGCAAGUUUCGGAUACUGCACGCAGCAGCAGUCGGGCAGUCUUUCUCCAUCACUCUGUGAGCGAAUGAUGCGCUGUGAGAAUGCCAAAGAGGUGCAGGAAAUACAAGUUGGCUUGGAACAGCUCGUAGCGGAACCGGGUGAAUUUGAGACUUGGGCGAGUGCGAUUCGGGAACGCACCUCAAAGCAUUCGUUCAAAGUUGAGGCCCUCAAAAUCACCAUCGACAUGAUCACACAGCUGGCCCAUGUCAUUGAAAAUCAAUAG